AUGCUCAAGGCCACCGCGGCAGCCUCCAUCUUCCUUGCCCUGCUCUUCUUCUUCGUCCCCUACAGUGCCAGGCCGGGGUUGGCCUGCCCAACAACCCUACGCGUGGACCAGGCGGACCAGCAGCACGGACAGCAAAUUCAACACAGCACCGACGACCAUGACCGGAACUCGAACCGCGAGGUAAUCCCCAACCAGGUCCACUUCGUCUACAUCCUGCCGGAACCCGAAGAACAAAACGCCACCACCACUACCACAACAACAACAACAACAACAACAAGCCGCGACUUCAGCUUCGAAUUCAGCCACUUCCUCUCCAUCUACGCCGCCUGGCACCACUGGCGCCCGCACACCAUCUACCUGCACACCAACGCGGCCGCCGACGGGCCCGAGGUCGCCCGCGCGCGCAACGGUACGGCGGGGAAAUGGAACCACUACAUCUUCACGCUCUUCGGGCCGCAGCUGGUCAUCAACACCGUGAGCGUCCCCACGCACGCGGGCAACGGCAGGGCCCUGCCGCAGCAGAGCAUGGAGCACAAGUCCGACUUUGUGCGCGUGCGGGCCGUCCACGACCUCGGCGGCGGCGUCUACGUCGACUGGGACGUGCACGCGCUGCGCGACAUCCGCCCGCUGCGCGAGAGCGGCUUCCGCGCCGUCGGCGGCCGCCAGCUGGGCGGGCAGAUCAACAGUGGGACCUUUUUGGCGGCGCCGGGGGCCAAGAUGAUUCGGUUGUGGAUGGAGCAGAUGAAUGAGGUGUAUGACGGCGGGUGGACGACGCAUUCGAAUGAGGUCAUUACUCGUGUUGGGCAGCGGUUGGGGCGGGAGCCGGGGGAGAUGCUGAUCUUGGAGAGGGAUGCGUUCGCGCCGGGCAGUUGGGAGGAUAAGGAUACGGAUUGGCUGUUUGGGGUGCAUGAGGAUACGGAGUCGAAUUUGCUGCGGGAAGGGUGGACCGAGGGUAUGCCCCUGCCAAGUUACGAGGAGGACUUUGAGGCGAGGUGGGAGCAUCCGGAGCGGUUUCCGGACUGGGAGCGCGACUGGUCGCAUACCUACAUGCUGCAUGCGUUUACGCCGGCGAGGUGGAAGCACAAGGUGGCUGGGUUCGAGCAUAUCACGCCGCGGUAUGUCUUGGCGCGGCAGAGCAACUUUGCGAGGGCGGUUUAUCCCGUCGCGAAGAUCUUGUACGACAAGGGCUUGAUUCGGGUUGAUGACUCGCAUACGGGGCUCUGA